AUGCAAAUUAUUUCUCUGUCUUUUUCAUGUGAUCUUAACUUACGCAUUUGUCAGUGUGAAAUCCUGCCUUUUCUUUUGCAUUAUAGCAAACCAGGAGUUACUCCAGUUGAAGUUUUACCAGUCUUUCCAGAUUUUGACCUUUGGAAGCAUCCAUUUGCCCAGGUCAUCUUUGACUCUGACCCAGCUCCGAAAAAUACAAACACUUCUGCCCAGGUGGAAGAAAUGUCACAGGCUAUGAUCCGAGGUGCUGUGGACGAAAGUGGUGAGCAGUUUGUUGCCUACUUUCUGCCUACCGAAGAGACCCGUACCAAACGCAAACGAGAUCAAGAAGAUAAUGUUCUCUACCAGCCAGAUGACGUUUACGACUAUGUGUUGGCACGUGAAUACAAUUGGAACGUCAAGAACAAACUCUCCAAAGGUUACGAAGAGACAUACUUCUUUGUUUUCCGUGAUGACGUUGUCUACUAUAAUGAAUUAGAAACGCGUGUAAGACUGAGCAAACGUCGGAAACUUGGGGCCACCCAGGUGGCCAAGUCUCGGCUUAUUGUCAAGCACAGAGAUCUGUUUGACAAGGAGAUAGCAGCUCAAGAUGCUCGUUUGUUGAUGUUGGAAGUGCCACAGGAGGAAGAAGAGGAGGAAGCAAAAGAUGAAUCCCUGGAUAUUUCAGGUAAUCGUUCAGGUGAUGAGGAGGCUAGUGGCAGCGAGAAAGAGCAAGAAUCUGGCCGUGAAAACGAGGCAAGUGACAAGGACUCCAGUGCUAGCGACAAUGAAAGUGUCAAGUCUGCUAGCAGCGAUGCGAGUCGCAAGAGUCAGCAGAGCAAUGCCAGCAGCACAAGCAGCCGAGGUAGUCGGCGGCGAAAGAAAAGUCAGAAUACAAGUGGGAGUGAAGAAGAGAGGGGAAGCGGAAGUGAGAGUGAGGCCGAGAGUGAUGCUGGUCAGGCCGAGAACAAAAAGGAUGAAGAGGAAAUCUUUGGGUCAAGCAGUGAGAGUGAAGCGGAGAAUGAUGGUAAUGCUAACAAGGAGGAUGAGGAGGAGAUAUUUGGUUCGGCCAGUGAAGCUGAAAGUGAAUCUGCAAACAAGAAAGAUGAGGAAGAAAUCUUUGGGUCUGCAAGCAGUUCGGAUGAAAGCAGUUAA